AUGGCGUCCGAACAGAAAAGGAUUAAAUUAUCAAGUUAUUUCACAACCAUUACCAUUAUAUUAAUCAUAUUAGUUGAAAAUGUAAAUUCGGAAAAAGAUGACGAGGGUUCUUUUUUCGACAUGGCACAAUCGUUACUCGAAGAAUCAGUUCGGAACCAAAAUGGUGGCGGAUCAGGUGCAAACCUUUUGGGUGGACUCUUACAAGGUUUCAUGCAAUCAGAAGGUGGAAAACAAUUAGGUAAUAUAUUAUCACAAGGAGGAGGAGGUGGUGGUGGUGGUGGUGCAGCCGAUAUUAUUUCCAGUUUAGCAACGGCUUGGCAAUCAUCAAAAUUAAAUUACAGAUCAUCAUCAUCAUCAUCGGAUGAACAGAAUAAUUUAAAUAUAGAUCCAUCAAUACUAGGUUCUAUGGUUGAUUUAUUUUCAACCCUGAAUAAAGUAACAAACGACGGGGAUGAUGAUGAUAAUAAUAAUAAUAAUUAUUUGGAUAACGAUUAUAAAAAUGUUAAAAUGAAAAAUAAAAAAAAACAAAAAACGGUGGAUAAUUGGGAUAACAUUUUGUCAUUCGCCGGUAAUUUAAUAGCGACGUCCAUGUCUAAUACGAAUAAUAAUAAUAAUAAUAGAAACGAAGACGGAACUUCCGGUUCCCUGGAAUCAUUUUUAAAUUUUCUACCCGUCAUAGUGAAUUCGAUAACGGGAUCUCACAACGCUCACUUGUUUCAUUCUCUACCUCAUCACACUCACCCGGAAUUUUUACCACCGUUUUUGGAAAAUCUACACGAGUAUUGGGAUUAUUUUAUAAAUAGCGAUUUCGGGAAAAACAUAUGGGAAAAUUCUGGACUCUCACACUUGUUGAAGAGUUUUCAAGAUGGAACCGGACAGAUAAAUGGGAAAAAAGUCAUUGAAAGUUUAGAAAAUAAUAGUUUCAGGCGGAAAUGGAUAAAGAGCACGUCUAAAUUUAUUGCUCAAUGGUUGAAACAUUUUACUAAUCCCGACAUACAGCGAAGUUAUUUAGAAACUGCGCAAAUGAUUAGUAACAGUUUAUUAAAAUCUCAAGGAUAUCCAAAAGAAACAUUUAUUGAUUGGAACGAACCUGGGAAAUCGAUAAGUUCGUUGGUGGACGAAGUCGUAAAAAGAAGAUUCGAUUUUCAAAUACGUUCGGAAACUUACGUCGUACCCCUCGUCGGAUACGUUCAGGAAUUAUUUAAAUCCGGUCAAAAAUCCGGUUUGGGAUUAUUCAAAUCCUCUACGGCGGAUAUCGAAUCGAAAUUAUCGGAAACUUUCGAUUCUGACGUCAUAGAACCAUUAUUGAGAGUUAAUAGAGCUUAUGAUUUCGCGCGGAAAAAACCGGAAUGUUCGAAAUACGUCAUUUGCGUCGUUAAUCAAAACGAUAAUAAUAAUAAUAAUAAUAAUAAAAACGGUUUGAAACCGGGCAUAACAAAAUUGGUCAGUUUGGGUGCCUCGUGGUUUUUAUCGACGAAUCAAAAUAUAUUAUUUUGGGAUUUGUACAAUGCUGCCGCUGAUGCUGCAGCCACGCGAUCCUGUUCGAAAUAUAAUAAAAAUUGUCAGGAUUUCGAUUUCCAAGAUAUAAAAGCCACGACCGAAUAUUACAGACACAACGAAUUGUAA